AUGUCUCUUCCCCGAGGCCAAGCUACCCCUUCGCCCUCCAGCGGCGAUGGCCAAGAUGAGCGAAGCCCAUUAGCCCUAUAUGGACUAUCGCCCAUCCCCGAGUAUGACCCGGGCGUUAUAUCGUUUCCGCUACGCAUCGCAAGCCAUAGGGCUUGGAUAGCCCCGGCCCGUCGCUGGCCUACAGCGCCACUUACCCGCACGACCAAUGCGCGUCAGCUUAGAGGUGACGCGGACAUUCCGCAGCACCGUACACUUGGCCUCAAUAGUGUAGCACCUGCUACGACCGCCCCUAGUGGUGGAAAUCAUAUUCCACCUCGGGCCCCACAGGCCGAUGCCGAUGGAGUGCGGAACUCUCCUCGGAAACAUUCCCCUCCGUCGGACGGCCCUGCCCCGAUCCUAUGGGGAUCCGGAUAUGAGGCAAGACCUCCCGUAGCUGCUCGGCAGGCUCGACAGCACGAAGAGGGAUACGUCCCUAUGGGUAGAUACUCGAAUAACUACACCCGGAGUAUCUUACACCCUUCCGUCUGGGAUCGACAGCUUCAGAUCACCGGUAUCUCCGCCAACUACGGAGGGAAUAUCUUCCUCCGGUCGAACCAGUCCGCCAACAUCCCAGAGCAGUGUUCAACUUCUCUCUGGUUGACCAACCUUCCCCCCGACUGCACCCACCAACUACUACUGGGUACCAUCCGGGGGUGCGGCAAGAUAUACGCCGCAGUCAUCAACCCCCCGGUCUACACCAACGAAGACUACACCAGUGGAACCCACCACUCCACCGCGGCAUCCAAGCUGGUCUUCUUCGACCGCGCCGGGCUUGACAAGCUCAUGGCCAAGUCCCAAGCGGGCGAGUUCUCCGUGGGCGGUUACGUCCCGCGGCUCCGGAUGAACCGGAUCAAGUCGACACCCCGCGCAGCGGGGCCGCACUGCCGGGUGCUGCACAUCGAGGGGCCGAGCAGCAUCGUCAACGAGCGGUUCCUAGGCGCCUUCUUCCAGAGCAAGUUCAAGUACGAGCUAGAGUUGGUGCUGACGCUUGCCACCCACGGCUCACGCACGCGCCAGGAGUGGCGCUUCGGUAGCUACCGCUGCCAGGCCGAGAGCGCUCGCCAGGCCAUCAACCGCGAGAAGUUGCGCUCGGACCUAGACCCGGUGGACUUCUGCGCCUGGAGCCAGGUCUCUGUCCACUUCGGCGUGGAUCCCUGCGCCCAGGACUAG